UACCCCAAAGACAGACAUGUCGGACGUAGAGGACACACCCGUUGAUGUCGCCGCUGAAGAAGUUGAAGUCACCCAAGAGGCUGAUGCCCCUAAAGGUGGACGUAUGUCUGUAGAAGAUGCCCUUCAAAAAGUCUUGAAGACUGCUCUUGUCCACGAUGGACUCGCUCGUGGUCUACGAGAGUCUGCCAAAGCCCUUGACAAACGUCAAGCCCAUCUCUGCGUGUUGAACGAAGGCUGUACCGAAGCUGAAUAUGUUAAGCUUAUCGAAGCUCUUUGCUCUGAGCACAAGAUCAACUUGAUCAAAGUUGGAGAUGGUAAAUUACUCGGAGAAUGGUGCGGUCUUUGCAAGAUCGACCGAGAUGGUACCGCACGAAAAGUGGUUUCAUGCUCCUGUGUUGUCGUGAAGGAGUUUGGACAAGAAUCCGAAGCGCUCAAUGUUUUACUCGAUCACUUCGGAACCCGUUAAUUUCAUGUAAAUUGAAUCUUGACGUCUAUUGACGCCCAUCACAUCAGACUAUCUUCAGUCUCACGUCUGCAAUACACUUAUCUUUUUGAGAUUCGGCAUUUAUUUACC